AUGUCUCCUUCCCCCACCCCUCCCGGUCCAUCUGACUCUCACAACUUCGAGACACAAUUAAACUUUGCUUCUCUGGAAAGAUCUGAAUCUCCCGAACCACUCCAAGUCGACGAGCUGGCCCGUUACCGUGCAAGAAUAGAAGAAAUGGGAAUUACGUCGGGCGAUAAUAGUAUGCUGACGCCACGGGAAAAAGAAUUGUCAGCAAUGCUUUUGAGGCUCAUUGAGGCUCCCAAGCCAGAUUCUUCUCAGCUAGUUCAGCAGGCUACAUUAAUCGCCGAUCUCAAAGCACAACAAGACUUUUUGACUCAACGCAUAGCGGAUGAGAGAGCUCGUAUGGAGUCCGAGCGGGACGGGUGGGAGAGAGCGGUUGAGGCUCUGAUUUUUCAACAUCAGAGGAGUGGAAAGAACGUGUAUUAUUCCAGACAAGAUGAACUGGAACGUCAAUGCGUAGCUCUCCAGCAAGAUAACAGAGAGCUUCGUGACAGGGAGCAAGAAACACACGCUCGGCUGUCGUGUCUUGAAGGCGAACUUUACCGAUUGAAACCUUUGCUUGUAAUGAACCCUCAGGUCGCGUACACCACAUUAACUGCGACUUCCGCCUACAUGUCAACAUUGCCGUAUCCCUCAGCAACGGGAGCAGUGGCACUCAAGGAGAACCGGGACAAGAUGAUCAAGAAGAAGAAGAGAGAGAAAGAGGCAAAGGAGCUCAAAGUUCCACCUCCAGUAUCCCUUAACACCGAUCAUUCCAGUCGAAACGACUUUACAGGAGGCUCUGGGACGGGUGAUACGCCAGGAAAUCAGCAGCAGGCUGCUGGAUCAUCUAAACUCAGUAUACCCCAGUCAGGUCUUUUGCAAGAUACCCAGCGGUCCUCCGCCCCUUCUAUAUACCAACAUCUACUACGUAAACCCCAGAGCCAGAAUCAAGCCGAGUCAUCAAACAGUGCCGCUUCAACGCCAAAGCCAAAGCCGCGCUCCAAAUCUCCAAAACGUUAUUCUUCGAUCGCGUCUGAUGCACGUUCAGAACACUAUCUACUUGCUGCGCGCAAAAUUGGACAUGAGCGGGCGGGAAUUGUCACUGGCCUUGUGAAUGCAAAGUCCGAGCGCGACCAGGAAAGACAUAAACAGACGAAGGAGGAAAUGGAAAGGGAGAGGCAGGCUGCAGGUUUCACAGGCUACUACCGAAAUGUCAGUGGUGCUUCCAACACAACUAAAAAUGCCAAGAAGGGUAAAGGUAAAGCACAAGCCACGUCCGAUUUUCCUUCAAAACCAGCGACAGCCACCACCACACACCUAUUACCUGUUUCACCUCACUAUCCCACCCCCACUACUCCCGGUUCUGCUGCUGUUACAAAUAACACCACUAGUCCUCGUACACCGAAACGAGGGACCACAGGCUCCAUACCUGGCGUCCAACUUUUCCAACACCCAGGCAGUCCUAAUGGUGCUGCCUACAUGUUCGUACCGAAUCCUGGGCUGAUAGGGUAUCCACAUCUGCACCCACAUAUGCAAACACCUCCGGGAGCUGUGAGGGUGCCGAUGAUCACCAGUCCUCUAGCUGCAGCAAGUUCCUCAACAGUCGCUUCCGCGAAACCUGCUGCUCAACCCUCCAGUGCUACACAAGGCUCACGCCAAGCAGGGCAACAGGGCUCUCAAAGCCGGAAGAAUGUCGAUCGCAAUCAUGCGUCAGCUUCAUCUAUAGCGGAUGCGAUUAACCAGUCGACAGAACCUUCAUCGUCCUCUUUAUCCGUUACUCCACCCCAGCCAAAAACCCCUCUGGCAUCCUUACUGAGUGCUGCUCAGAGUAUGAUAGAAGAUGGGGCGCGAGGAGGAGGGAAGAGUGGGAAGAGAAAAAAUUCCACACAGUUUGGAAGCCCUACAUCGAAAAGGCGGAAGACGAACCCCAUACAUGCUAGUGCAGGUAACGUGCGGAACCUGGGGAAAGUUCGGAGUGCGUUGGACGUAUUAGCCGAUCAGGCUGCUGCUUUCAGUCAAGAUGACCAGCCACGUUCGCAACAAACAGGUGAGACGGAAUCGAAAGACAAAGCAAGGACUGUGACGAGGAGAUCUUUCCGUUCAAACAAAGGGAAGAGAAAGGAGGCGUUAGUCGAUACUCCCGCUCCGAGGAUGAUAUCCCCGGCAGGUACAAUCAGUCGGAGAGGGUCUACACCUCGUAUGAUCGUAGCCACAGAUGGACAGCGGAACGCAGAAUCAACCUCGCAAUCCGCCUGUGGUUCUCUACUACCUCCCCUCGUCAUCACAACGUCGAAUUCUGUUGCUUCGGUUCCUCCCAUCGUUACAACGUCCGUUGUUUCUCCUCCAGUGGAGAAUGGAGAAGUAUCGCCAGAUUCUGGUUGUGUUCGAGAUAUGGUGAUUCCUCAAGCUGACGAUGGAAGUUCAGACAAGGAGGGUGAAACCACCAAGGCAAGGGCAUCAAUACCAACAGCAAUAGACACACCAUCAUCAUCGUUCGCACCAGUGGUCCCCAUGACUACAACUUGUUCGCCAAAAGUGUCAGCCACUCAACAUCGUGCGAUGGUGGAUCAUGGGCAGACGUUAAUCGCCAAUAAACCUGCGAGGGACAGAGAAAAACGUUCUCUGCCCACAGACGCAGGAGAUGUUGAUAGCGAUGCUGAUGGAGACGCAGACCCUGAUGUUGAUAUAGAUUCGAGCAUCGUUUAG